CAUUUUCGAUCCUUUAUUUAUUUAUUUAUUAUUAUUCGCGCAAAGAGACAGAGAGAGAGAGAGCCAAAAAAAAAAAAGAAGAAAAAGCGGUGUUAAUACUCUCUCCUCCUCGCCACCGACGAUUCCGACGAUGUCGGCGCCGCCGCCGAACCAACGGCAGGUUUCUCUGAGGGGAGCGAGCGCCAAGGAGAUCACGCGCGACGCCCUCCUCCAGAAGGUCUCCCACGAGCGCGAGCUCCGCAGCUUCCUCCGCCGCGCCGCCGCCGCCGCCGCACUCAUCCAGGUGUGGUGGAGAUAUGUAGGAUCUUGAUGGGAAGUUAGAAAAUUUUUGAAGCGAAAGUAGGAAAUAUGAGUUAAUAUGACUCUUGAUUGAUCAUCGGGCAACAAGGACUUCUCAUGCGGGUUUGGAGGCGGUACUCUGAGUUGAAAAAGGUUUCUCAGCAGCUUCAAGAAGAGUGGGAAGCAUUAGUUGUCCAGUACGGCGGUUGUAUUACAAAGCAAUGGAUUUCAAACAAAUUGCUAAGGCCAUUUCUUUUUAUUGCUAUGCAGUCAACUACAUCAUAUAAGAAACAGCAACUUAGGAAGAUGAAUUAUGUGUCGGCAUGUUUCAAAAUUCUCUUAAGCAGCAUAAACUCUUAUGAUAUGGAACAAAACUUUUGUUCUCUUGCCGUUGGUACACUGGAGGAAAGAUCUACAUGGCUUUAUCAAGCAAAAAAACUGCUUUCGCUUUGCUCAUUAAUUCUUGCUGAGUGUGAUUUCUCCCGUCGCGAGAGUGAUAACAUGGUUGCACUAACUGCUCUUGCAAUGCGCCUGGUUAUCAGUUUGACUGAUCUAAACGGGUGGAAGUGCUUAAAAAGUGAGAAUACCGGAGAUGCAGAUGUAGCUGUGAAGAGGUUGAUUGGUUUUAUGAGUACAAGAAGUAGCGGAAUGUACAGCUGUAUUAGGAGAUUUGUCUUGAAGCUCGGUGCUCAAGAUGCAUCACAGAGGAAAGCUAUUGCACUGACAGAUGAUCAAUUCUUAAUUACUGCAAGUGCAGUAACCUUAGGAUUACGUCCUUUUCAUUUGAAGAAGUCGAACAUUAAUGAUGCUGAUGCUUUUGAUGUGAAUGGUGCUAUUGAAGAAUACAUUUUGUUUAUACUGACUGUUCCAUAUCUCUGUCAGCGUCUACCAUCUUUCCUGCUUCCUGCUUUAAAGCAUGAGUCUGUGCUGCUGCCAUCUCUUAACAUUUUACUGAUUUCCAGGGAUAAAAUCUUUGAGGAAAUAUCUAAACUGGAGCAGUCAGAAGAAUAUAGUUCUUGUGUUGAAGCCAUCCCUUACUCCGGUUGGGCUCUUGCAAAUGUUAUUAACUUGGCGAUAGAUUAUGAUGAUAAAUCAGCUGUUUCUGGGAAUUUCGUGCAAGGGUUAGACUGUCGAUUUUAUAUUCAUGUGGUUAAUUGCCUUUCUCAAAACUUUUUGUACGUUAUUGAGAAAAUGAAGGCAUUGAUGAAAAAGGAUGACGGUGAAUCAUCAGGAGCUAGAGAUCCCUUUUCGCAAGCGGUCGAUUCAGAUAACAGUAAUUUGCAUCCAUUAUUAUACAUAGACCUUCUGAAACCUGUAUAUCAGCAGUGGCACCUAAGGAAGCUUUUGAUGAUGACAAAGGAGAAUAUUUCUACUGGGACACAUGAUAGUAAUGGUUCAAAGCGGAGCUUAGAGGAAUAUGGGAAUUUCAAGCUACUGAAUAUUAUAUGUUUUUACUAUUACAUGCUGAGGAUCUUCUCUUUCCUGAACCCUUUUGUUGGUUCGUCACCUAUUCUCAAUGUUCUUUCCUUCACCCCCGGGUUUCUUAGAGAAUUAUGGGAAAUAGUAGAAGGUUCAAUCUUUACUUGUGGAGCUGAUAGCAUACAAUAUGAUGCCAAACAUCAAAGGUAUACUGGUUUUGGGAGUUAUAGUGAACAAGUUGGCGACAUACGGCACAGAAGGAGCACAAGGGAUAUGGGAAACAAGUGGGUGAAUGUUCUGCAAAAGAUAACUGGAAAAUCAACUGAAGCUGAUGCUGAUUGUAGUGAUAAUGCAUUGAAUUCUGUCCAGUUCAAUGAAAACGAAUAUGAUCUGUGGGAUGUUGAAGCUAUGAAACAAGGGCCUCAAUUUAUCUCAAAAGACUUGUCGCACAUGUUGCACCUGUUUUGUGCUACAUAUGGACACCUCUUAUUGGUUCUAGAUGACAUUGAGUUCUAUGAGAAGCAGGUUCCAUUUACACUUGCACAACAGCGGAGGAUUGCCUCAGUACUUAACACGUUAGUGUACAAUUCUUUCAUUUAUAAUGGUGGAAAAAGCGAUCAACCUCUUAUGGAUGUAGCAGUGAGGUGCCUUCAUCUCCUAUAUGAAAGGUAUUGCAGGCACCGGUUCUGCCCCACUUCUUUGUGGCUUGCACCAGCCAGAGAAGGCCGUGUCCCGAUUGCAGCAGCUGCUAGAACUCAUGAAGCUGCAUUUGCCAAUCUGCAAUAUAGUGAUGCUUCAACUGUUCCAACCACGAGUUCUGCUCUUACAACUGUUCCACAUGUGUAUCCUUUUGAGGAGAGAGUUCAGAUGUUCAGAGAGUUCAUUAAGUUAGAUAAGGUAUCUAGAAGAGUAGCUGGUGAAGUCUCUGGACCAGGUCCAGGAUCAAUUGAGGUUGUUAUUCGUCGAGAUCACGUUGUUGAGGAUGGAUACAGGCAGUUGAACUAUCUUGGAUCAAGAUUAAAAUCAUGUAUUCAUGUGUCUUUUAUAAGUGAAUGUGGCCUUCCUGAAGCUGGUUUGGACUAUGGCGGUCUAUCGAAGGAGUUCUUAACUGAUUUGUCCAGGGCUGCCUUCAACCCUGAAUAUGGGCUAUUCUCGCAGACUUCCACAUCAGAUAGCAGUUUAAUUCCUAAUAUGUCUGCGAGGCUGUUAGAGAAUGGAAUCGAAAUGAUUGAAUUUCUUGGUCGAGUUGUUGGGAAAGCUCUUUAUGAAGGAAUUUUACUGGACUAUUCCUUUUCACUGGUCUUUGUGCAAAAGCUGCUAGGCCGUUACAGUUUUCUUGAUGAGUUAUCAACACUUGAUUCUGAACUUUAUAGGAACCUUAUGUAUCUCAAGCAUUUUGAUGGUGAUGUUGGGGAGCUGUCUUUGGAUUUUACUGUGACUGAAGAGCUAGGUGGCAAAAUGGUUGUUGCUGAGCUUAGACCUGGUGGUAAAAAUAUGCCUGUCACAAAUGAGAAUAAGUUGCAGUAUGUCCAUGCCAUGGCUGACUAUAAACUUAACCGCCAGAUUCUUCCUUUUGCAAAUGCAUUUUAUAGAGGGCUUAGUGAUCUCAUAUCACCGUCAUGGUUGAGCUUAUUUAAUGCUAAUGAAUUCAAUCAGUUGCUUUCAGGUGGAAGGCAGGAUAUUGAUGUUGAUGAUCUGAGAAACAACACAAAGUAUACCGGUGGUUAUUCUAAUUCAAGUCGCACAGUUAAGCUGUUUUGGGAGGUUGUCAAAGGAUUUAAACCAAUUGAAAGAUGCAUGCUAGUUAAAUUUGUAACAAGUUGUUCGCGAGCUCCAUUGCUUGGAUUCAAGUACUUGCAGCCACCAUUUACAAUUCACAAGGUCGCAUGUGACGUUCCUCUUUGGGCCACUAUAGGUGGGCAGGAUGUAGACCGUCUUCCAUCUGCAUCUACAUGCUACAACACGCUGAAGCUGCCAACAUACAAGCGAUCGAGUACUCUGAGGAACAAGCUACUUUAUGCUAUCACUUCAAACACUGGAUUUGAACUUUCCUAAGGUACAGAGUUUUCUCUGAAUUACUGUUUUGGAUUGUAGUUUUUUGUGAAUAUUUCUGGUACCAUGUAAAUUCAUCUGUAAAUCAUGUCGAGAGAGAAUGACGCCACUACAUCAGAAGAACAACAAAGAACUACAGAACUUCUGUGAUUCAUAUUUAGUGUAGUGCAGUGUAAAUAAUGCUUUUUUGUUCGAUCUCUUCAUUUUGCCAACAUAGAGCUCGUUUUUGUAUCUAUAGGAGGUUGUUGAUCGCAUGGUUUUAGGGUUUGGGUAUUUGAAACUUUCAUCAUGCAUGACUCCCAGUGUGACUUUCGAGAUGAAUUAACUUGUGUUGUUCUGAAAAACCAAGUCAAGAAAUCCCACAGAUUGUCUUGAUCGAUGAAAUCGUUAGUUAAAUGAAAUUUGAAGAGCUACUAUUGGAUUUU